CCGGCGUUCGCUCACCUGCUCCGGCCUCCUCCACGUCUCCUCCGCGGCUCGGCGCACUUUAAUGACUUUCUGCCGGCUCCAGCCUUCUUUAUAUUUCUCCUAAAUGUAUGAAAAUGUAUGCAAAUUUAAAUCAAGCUUAACCUGGGAGCCCCGGCAAUAUAUUUAAUGGAUUUGCAAAGCAAUAAGGAUGCUGGCAAACAUUCUUCAAAUGGAAAUGAUAGUCAGAAAUAUCUUGUUGGGUUGUAACGAGAAUGUUAUGAGUGGAAAAUAAAUGUUGUUGCAUCAGAAGAUGUGCCAUCGCGCGUUUAAUGUGAAGAAUCGAUGCCUCCCACGGUCGUAGCAACGGAAGUGGGUGUUCAGGGGGUGAUUUUUGCAUUUUAUGACAGACGUAGAAGUUGUUCAGAAUGUGUUAUAUGACAUGCCCCUGGUCUCAUGGGUGCUGAAAGGUCCGUCCGAAAAAGUUCAACAUCUUGAGACUUGCCUUCCACGGAAAAGUCCUGAGGACGCGUUUACUGCGCGUUAAUGAUUAUCGGCUAAAGAACUGGUCCGGGUUUGAUCGCACCCUUCUAAAUGAAGUGUUGGCACGUCUGACAAAUGCCACUGGAGCUGCGGCCUCCUCCUUCGCACGCGCUCGAGGGUGACAGGAGCAGCAUUGAACACGCGCGUGGAGCAGUUGGAAAGUUCGAUUAAUAAACAGGAACUGCGCUCCAAGCGCACAUUGUUCCACAAACAGGCUCAAUGGACUCACUUCCGGUUCGACCGCCCUUUAACCCUUUGCUCUCGACGGUUGUGCAGCCGGAGGCGGAGGUUGCGGAGCGUGCGUGCGUGCGUGCGCCGUCAUUGGCGGAGAAGUGUCGUCGCAGCGGCUUCCUCGGCCCGUGACUGGCGGUUCUCGCUGUCCGUCAACGCCUGACUGGUGCCGAGGCUCCAGAGAGAGGGAGAUGUCAGAGGCUGAGCUCAAGCUCACUUUAGUAUCGCCAGUGGGGUUCAGCAGCCAGCAUGGCCACAGCUGCCUCCAGCCCCUACACCCUGCUCGGCUCCGGUCCCAUGAUCCACCCGGACAGCCAGGCCAUGCAGCCCGCUAGCCCCUACAGAGGACACCAGAAACUCCUGCACAGCGACUACCUGCACAACGUGCAGAGCAACGGGCACCCCCUCGGGCACCAGUGGGCGAGCAAUCUGUCGGAUAGCAGCCCGUGGUCGGCCUCCGUGGAGCAGCAGGACGUCAAACCGGGCAGAGAAGACCUGCAGCUCGGCAUCAUCCAUCACCGCUCGCCGCACGUCGCUCACCACUCCCCGCACCACAGCAACCAUGGCAACCACCCGGCGGCGUGGGGGACUCCGGUGUCCCACAACUCCUCCGUCAGCAGCGGGCAGCAGAUCAACAUCUACUCCCAGACGGGCUUCGCCGUCAACGGCAUGCUGGAGCACGGCGGACUCAGCCCUCCGCCCAACCCGCAGGGCCAAGGCAUGCACCCGGGCCUCAGGGACACGCUCAGCCCCGAGCGCGGCGACCUGGGCGGGCACCACUGCCACGACCACUCCGACGAGGAGACGCCGACUUCGGACGAGCUGGAGCACUUUGCCAAGCAGUUCAAGCAGCGCAGGAUCAAACUGGGCUUCACGCAGGCCGACGUGGGAUUGGCUCUGGGAACUCUCUACGGUAACGUCUUUUCCCAAACGACCAUCUGCAGGUUCGAGGCUCUGCAGCUGAGCUUUAAAAACAUGUGCAAACUCAAGCCGCUGCUGAACAAGUGGUUGGAGGAGGCAGACUCGUCCACGGGCAGCGCGAGCAGUAUAGACAAGAUAGCAGCUCAGGGGAGGAAGAGGAAGAAGAGGACGUCCAUCGAGGUCAGCGUCAAGGGGGUCCUGGAGACGCACUUUCUCAAGUGUCCCAAACCCUCCGCGCAGGAAAUCACGUCGCUGGCGGACACGCUGCAGCUGGAGAAGGAGGUGGUCCGCGUCUGGUUCUGCAACCGGAGGCAGAAAGAGAAGCGCAUGACGCCGCCCGGCGAGCCGCCGCCGCCGCCGCCCCACGACGGCCCUUAUUCCCACGGCGGCAGCGCGGGCGACGCGUCGUCGUGCCGCGACCUCUGACCGCAACGGCGGUGCGGCGGCCCCAAGUCGGACCCUCGCCGGUACAGACUACUCCAGACCCGCAAGACCUCCUUCCAGCAGCACCGGAGAUACCCGCUCAGCCUUGGCCUCUUUCGAAGCGCCUGCACGAGGGCAUUAUUCUAUCGUGUCACGUCACUCCGUGGAGCCGCUCAAAAUGUUUGGAUAUAAAUACAAAAUGUGCCUAGAAUCUACCAGCGCCUUUAGUGUUUGUCAACAAAUGGGACUGUGGUUUUCUUUUCUAUUCCCCCUCCCCCCCCCCCCCCUCCAUUUCGUUGAGGGGUGACACAAUUAAUGAUUCUUAUUUUCUGAAUUGAUCUGUUAUUUCAGUGUUCGGGCACCUCGUGUAAUUUUACUGUCCACUCGAGCUCACAAUCCUUCAAUGUCAUUAUUUUGUAACAUACUCGCAGAACAUCUGUAAUUGCUGUUAUUAUUUUGCAUUUGCAAAUGGGCCCUCAUUCCAGUGACGAUAGCACUUGAAGUCUUGUUUUAGCCCCUCCGUUGCGGCCUGUAGUUUACAAGGCCACUCACAAAAACAGUUAUUUAUAAAUGCAUUUUCUUACUUUGAUUCAUCUUCGACCAUUUAAACUGUGUAGACUCUGAACGAGAGCCGUGAAUAGGAAAAAAAAGAAAAGGGUUGACGCUAUACACCUGCCUAUAAUUUUAUUGUACGUUCACUAUCCAAAUUUUAUAUUAAAUACUCCUGUUAUUGGUUUAUUCCACAAGUAUUUUUUCGAAUAUUGUACAGUUUUAUAUAUUACCCUUUUGAAGUCAUUAAUUUAAACAAAUGCUCUUAGUUAUUCCUGCACUUAAUUAGCAAUGUAAAAAAAAAAAUAUUUUCAGUAUAAGAUUGAACUGUUUCGGCGGUUUUAUUCCAAAUUUCGAUGACAGCUCAAGUAAUUAUUUAUUUUCAGUAUAAAGCUUGUAUUAUGUUUUGAAAUAAACUAUGUAUGUUGUAAUAAACAAUUUCUUGCUCAAUUGUUCACUGUGCAAAAUAAUGAAAGCUCAUUAUUAUUAUUAUUUAAAUUGUACAUUAUUAAUUCAGUUCUAAUUUAACCACUCAAACAUUAUUGACUAAACCAAACCAGACGACCCAGGCUAAAUACGCGAUUUUACUCGAAAUAUAUUCUAAAAUAUUAACAGCAGCUUCUCCUUUUACUUGUCAUGUCUAAAUUGUCCCCUCCCAAAGGUUUUGGUGUCCGUAACAGCUGUAAAAUAUCCAAGUGGCUCGAUAGUCUUGGCUCCAGGCUGAUCACUGAAAAAAGAAAAAGAAAAGAGACGCAUUUUGCAUGCAGUUCCUUUGAAACGUUAUUGUCAGGGCCCUCUGCCCUCCUUGAUCAGACAUGCGUGAUGUAUCGCCUGGGCCACUGGGCCUGACAGCGCGCGCGUACAAACGCGUUGACACACGCACAAGCACGCACGCACGCACGCACAAACGCGCGGGCGCGAGCAGAGAAGCGGAUGAAUCUCAUUUCAAAGACUACAGCUCCGUAUAAUUGGCCAUGCAAAAGCAAAAUAGAGCUAUAUUCGUGCAAAAAAAAAAAAAUGUGAAGCCUGAAAAUAAAUUAGGGAUGGUUUUGAAAUAAGUAAA